GGGCAUUGUGGGGCGGGAGGCGGCCUUUCUCUGCGUGCAGGCAGUCGGGAAAUCUUCAAGUAAAUAACGUUAACGGGGGGAGGAACAGUCCGACGGUCCAACGCAACACAUCAAAAACUGUGUUGCGCUUCGCCUUAAUUAUUAAUUCUCCUUAACAUUUCACAAAUAUGGGGCAGGAGGAUCUCAUGAACACAGCCGAAGACGUGGCGGACCAGUUCUUGCGGGUAACCAAACAGUACCUGCCCCACCUGGCACGUCUUUGUCUCAUCAGCACCUUCCUGGAAGACGGCAUCCGUAUGUGGUUCCAGUGGAACGAGCAGAGAGACUACAUCGAAGCUACCUGGAGCUGUGGCUACUUCAUCGCUACGUGCUUUGUACUGCUUAACCUCAUAGGACAGCUGGGCGGUUGUGUCCUCAUCCUCAGUAGAAAUUUUGUACAGUAUGCCUGCUUUGGACUAUUUGGCAUCAUAGCACUACAGACGGUUGCAUACAGCAUUUUAUGGGACCUUAAAUUUUUGAUGAGAAACCUCGCUCUUGGAGGUGGUCUGCUCCUGCUUUUGGCCGAGUCCCGUUCGGAAGGAAAGAGUAUGUUUGCCGGAGUGCCCUCCAUGGGGGAGAGUUCGCCGAAGCAGUACAUGCAGCUGGGUGGUCGAGUACUGCUGGUGCUCAUGUUCAUGACUCUGCUGCACUUUGACUCCAACUUCUUCUCUAUCCUGCAGAACAUGGUCGGGACCGCCCUCAUCAUCCUGGUGGCUAUCGGCUUCAAAACCAAGCUAGCAGCGUUGACCCUGGUCGUGUGGCUCCUGGCUAUCAACGUCUACUUCAACGCUUUCUGGACCAUCCCGGCCUACAAGCCCAUGCACGACUUCCUCAAGUACGACUUCUUCCAGACCACCUCGGUCAUCGGGGGUCUGCUGUUGGUGGUGGCGCUUGGACCCGGCGGAGUGUCCAUGGAUGAGAAAAAGAAAGAGUGGUAGGAAAAUGGGUGGUUAAGACGAGAGGAUUGCACAGCACCACUAACUUCUCCCACUGACCGGGACACAAAGACCCUCCCUCUGCUCCAGUUCCCCCUCACAAGGGUACUUGUUUUUUGUUUUCUAGAUUUUUUUUUAAUUAUUAUUCGGCCAAAUCCACAGACACCACGACAACCAUCUUUGGACAAUUAUUUUUCUAGUUUCAUCCAAACUUUUGGUUUUUAGUUGUACUUAUAUAAUGCCAGGAUUUUUCUAAACUCGUCUUCUGUGUCCUCUCUGGUGUAUUUCAAAGGUAAAUAACUAAUGGAUAAGUGGAAGAAAAGAUUGAUUUGUUCUAUGUGCAGAAGAAAUGGAAAGCUGAACACAAAUAAGUUCUUGUGUUAUAUGGUUGUAAUGACAUAAGUUAUAAUAGAUUCAUGUUCAUAUUUUCUCAAUAAAACCGAAAAAUCUGAAGGAGUGCAGCAGUUUGGGUUCCCCCGAUGGAUGCUAAGCUGUUUUUGUCUUUGGAUCUUGGCGUCAUAUCAAUCCAGAGCACUUGGGCACUGAUUUGACAGUAACUCGCAUUGACUCUUCAGGUAUCAUUUCCCUUUGUUUUCUUUUUCUGCCAUUCAGUAUAUCUGUACACCUUCAAUCUCAACUGACACUGAGGGGGGCCGUGUACAUUGUGUACAAAGUGGUGGAAUGCAGUCGUGCUUUAUUGAAAAUUUCAACACAUUUGUUAGCUCCAGGACUUGUUAUUAGGCACUGUACGGCAAAUGCCUAACUAGUGAACUGUAUAUGAUCGGGGAAAAUAGGGGGGAGGCUCAACGUUUGUGAAACACCAUAUUCUGCAAUCUAGAAAAGCAAAAAAGGACUAAGCAGAGUCACUAGCCACCUGGACUUGGUCUUUGCUCAGUGUUUUUUUUUUGCCAUGUGUAAGAAAAUAAAAAGAUAUUCAGUGUAUUGAUUUUCAGAAGUUUAUAUUGUAUUUUUGAUCAUUUGUUUUUUGAUUUUGGAAGUUCAUGGCGAAGAAAUAAACAUGCAAAAACAAA